GCAACGGUCCUACGCCUUCUGGUUUCUUCCGCUGCUUUUCGCUGCUGCAGACUCACGUCUUUACCAUGCUCAGUGCUUCCAAGCAGAGCUCUGCUGCGCUCCUGCCACCGCCUGAGGAAAUUCACAACCUCUGCGCCUGGCUGGACCGGCUCCCACUCAGCCGCCCCAAGCGCCACCUGGCUCGGGACUUCAGUGAUGGUGUGCUGGUGGCCGAGAUUGUGAAGCACUUCCACCCUCGGCUGGUGGACUUGCACAGCUACGUCCCAGCCUGCAGUACAGACCAGAAGCUGAGCAACUGGAGCCUUCUCAACAGGAAAGUCUUUCGAAAGCUGCACUUCUGUAUCUCAGAGGCUGAUAUCCAAAAGGUCGUGUCCAACAGGCCCGGGGUUAUCGAGUCUAUCCUGUGUGCACUGAGGGAGAAAAUGGAGGCCUGCACUGUUCAUCAUGUAGGCUCAGCUAGUGCAGCUGAUCCAGGACUCUCCAAUGUGGAUGCUGUUCGGCCUUGGGUAGGGCUCACCACUCACCCAUAUACCGCUAGGACUCAAGAUCCUAACGUGGAUAAUUGUAGCCUGUCAGAGCCCCUCUGUGGAGAACAUCGCUCCAUUCCUGAAGGCUGGACACACAGCAACCAUGAGCUCACAAACCUUCAAAAGAGGGCAGGCCUACAGAGCCCUCCAGCCCCCUUCAGCAUGAAGACCCUUCAGAAUCAAAGGGAUUUGGAGAAAAUGGGCGGCUGUGCUUGCAGAGGGGACCCAGUUGAAGGGCUCUGGGAUCACCUGACCAGAAUCCAGCAGCAGCUGGAGGAUAAGGAGCAAGCACUAGCCAUUCUGCAGGAGACAGUCAAGAUUUUGCAGAUGAAGGUGAUGAGAUUGGAGCAUCUGGUACAGCUGAAAGACCAACGGAUCUGGGAGCUGAUGAGACCUGGACCCGAGGAGCGUCAAAUCUGGAGGGGCCCCCAUCCAGAGUCAUUCAGACCCUGACCCGGAGCCCAGCUGGAGCCUCUCACUGGUCAGGCAGCUUCAGAGUGAGACAUGUGAAUGUGGGAACAGCUGUAGAGGCCGGAGCAUCCUGGGGCUGGAGGCAAAUGUGGACAGAUUUGAGUUUGGUUCUCCCAA